GGCUGUUACUGUAAGCGCCUGAAUGCAGGCUCGCUGAUUGUCGGUAAUUAUUUCACAAUACUGAACAUAAUAUACACAUGCACCAGCCAUUUAUCCAGUUAAUUGCAAUCAAUCAACUAGGCUGGCUUCUGCAUGUGUGAAAAGAUAUCGAUAUCUAUGUUACCAAAUUCCGAACUCUAACAGACCUUCAUUUCAUCGUUUUUUUUUUUUCAUCAUUACGAAGCUAAAAAUGCCAGAUACCGCUGUCAGUCCCGAGGAGGAGCUCCUUGCAGUGAUAGCGGAAGAAUUGGGCAUGGACAUUGAUGAUCUUUCCGAUGAUACGGACAUUUCUCACUUGCAAAACGACACCGCUUUAUCCCGACUCAUCCUGAAAAGAGUUCCUGUUGGUCUUCAAGAUGAUAUCAAUCGCACAACUUUUCAAUCUUGCACCGAUAUUGCGGAUCUCAAAGCGCACAUCGACAAAGUGAUGGCGCUGCGCGAGCCUCCUAAGCAAUCUGACAAACGCAAAGCGAAACUUCCCAUUGUGUUACUUCUUAGAGGAAACGAGGCCACGGCUAAGAAGAAAGUAUUUCUACUUCCUGAUGGCUCGGGGUCUGGCAUGGCCUACAUGUCCAUUCCACCAAUGGAUCCAAGUAUUUGUCUAUAUGGGAUCAACAGCCCAUAUCUUCACUCUCCUGAGGUUUUCAAUGGUACAAUAGACGAUUUGGCUCAAAUCUGGACCGCUGAAAUACAGAAAGUUCAACCAAACGGCCCGUAUACCCUCGGUGGCUGGUCUGCUGGAGGGUAUUUUUCUUUCGAGGUCUCCAAACUGUUAAUAAGUAAGGGCGAGCGUGUUGAGAAGCUCAUUCUAAUAGACUCCCCAUGUCGACUAUUAUUCGAGGCUUUACCCCCUCAGGUAGUGGAAUGCCUGGCGAAAAAUAACUUGAUGGGAAACUGGAGUGAAGGAGGCACACCAAAAUGGCUAGUCAAUAGCUUUGUGUCGACUAUUGGUGCAGUGGAAAAAUACAUGCCCACUCCAAUGGUAAUUCCCGAUGGUGCCAAAGCUCCAGAAGUCUUUAUAAUCUGGGCGUCUGAGGGAGUGUUCCCAGAUGGUGUAGAAGCAUAUCCGGAGCUAGAUAUGAGCGUGAGGGUCACUCGAUUUUUAGUCAACAAGAGAGUCCAAUUCGGUCCACUUGGUUGGGAUAGACUAUUUCCAGCUCAGGAUAUUAGCAUUGCCAAGAUGCCAGGCAGCCACUUCAUGAUUGUUCAUCAGCCAAACGUUGAUACACUGGGGAAGCUGCUAAGAGACAUCAUCCAAGGCCGCCGAGCAGACGCGAAAAGUGAUUGGCAGAAAUGGCGGAACAGGUCAUGAAGGGCAGAUUGACAAGGACAUUAAUAGAUAGCAUGCUAUAAAUCCUCUUAAAAAGAUCAUCAAGUAAUAACAGUAUACCAGAAAUGCCGAGAAACGUAUAGUUGCGCUUACUCAAUUGUG